AUGGUCAGCAAUGGCGGUUUGUUUGCGGGCAACAGUGACGAUAUAUCGGCCAUCACUGACCCGUACGAGCGCCGCCGCCAGGCUCUGGCCCAGAUCGACAAUGCCAGCUUUGGCUGGCGUCACGUCCGGGCCGUGGUUGUUGCUGGUGUUGGUUUUUUCACCGAUUCGUACGACAUCUUUGCCAUCAACCUGGCUGUGAACAUGCUGGGUGUUGUCUUCUGGCAGGGCGCUGCAUCGGGCCCUGGCAAGAUCCCCUCCAGCUCGGACACUGCCAUCAAGGUUGCUACUUCGGGCGGCACGGUCAUCGGCCAGCUCUUCUUUGGCUGGAUGGCGGAUCGAAUCGGUCGGAAGCGCAUGUAUGGCAUCGAGCUUAUGAUCAUUAUCCUCGCUACCCUCGCCCAGGCCCUUUCUUCGAGCUCCCGCGCUGUGUCGAUCACUGGCCUGCUCGUCUUCUGGCGCAUUAUCAUGGGCAUUGGCAUCGGUGGUGACUAUCCUCUUUCAUCAAUCAUUACCUCGGAGUUUGCUACCACUAAAUGGCGUGGUGCCAUGAUGGGAGCUGUCUUCGCAAUGCAGGGCUUUGAGUCUCUUGAGACAGCCAAGGAUGUUGAUCAUUGCACUGGUGCUUGUCAGCUAGCUGUGGACAAGAUGUGGCGAGUGAUCAUCGGCUUUGGUGCAGUUCCAGCUUGUCUUGCACUCUACUAUCGCCUGACUAUCCCUGAGACUCCCCGGUACACCUUCGAUGUCGAGCGUGAUAUUGUCAACGCUGACAAGGACAUCCGUGCCUACAUCAUGGGCAAGGCUGAGGGACAUCCUCAUGAAACUCAGCGAGUCACUAUCCUCCACAACGACAGCAUUGAGUUCAUCCCCCCGAAUGCCAGCUGGUCCGACUUCUGGAAUCACUACGGUCAGUGGAAGAAUGGCAAGGUUCUGCUGGGCACUGCCGGCUCGUGGUUCUUCCUUGAUGUUGCUUUCUACGGUCUCGGUCUAAACAACUCGAUCAUCCUGAGCAGCAUUGGUUGGACUGGAGGCAAAAAUAUCUACGAGGUUUUCUACAAGAACGCUGUCGGCAAUCUCAUUCUUAUCUGUGCUGGGGCCAUUCCUGGAUACUGGAUGACCGUUGCUACCGUUGACCAUCUGGGCCGCAAGCCUAUUCAGCUGGUUGGGUUCAUCAUUCUGACCAUCCUCUUUGUGAUCAUCGGCUUUGCCUACGAGCCUCUUAAGCACUCGAACAAUGGUCUGCUGGCACUCUACGUCCUUGCCCAGUUUUUCUUCAACUUCGGUCCCAACGCCACUACGUUCAUUGUCCCUGGCGAGUGCUUCCCGACUCGUUACCGCUCCACCUCACAUGGCAUUAGCGCGGCAUUGGGCAAGAUCGGUGCCAUCAUUGCGCAGUGUGUCUUCGGUCCUUUGGUGACUCGCGGAGCCAAGCACGCGGGCGACACUCCCUGGCUGAACCAUGUGAUGCAGAUAUUUGCCCUCUUCAUGCUCUGUGGUUGCUUCACUUCGCUCCUGGUUCCUGAAACGAAGCGUCAGACUCUUGAAACUCUCGCUGGCGAAUCUCUCCAGAGCCCUUACAACGGGGUUGCUCAGGACGAAUCCAAACCUGGUGACUCCCAAGGUGUGAAGACUACCGCUGACCGUCUUCUGUCUAGCUGA